GUCGUGAGAAAAUAUGUGGUCGUAUAUCUCUGAGACCGCAAAUGUACGUUAAUCGUCAAAGGUGAUUGGUUCGGAUGGAAUUUCAUACGGAAUCGAACAUCUGCAGACUCUAGAGUCCUAGAAAAUGAGUGGCAGAAGUGGUUGGGAUGGACUUCUGUUGGCCCUCGCGCUUGUUUCUUCGACAGGCCUACUGGCAAAAGAGAUUCCCCUGCAGCAGGUGCACGUGUUGGCUGGAGGAGACGCCCGCUUACCGUGUGACGUGUCCUCGAUGGAGAGCGGCGACGCGGCUCAGUUGGUGCUGUGGUACCGCGAGGACCUGGGCACGCCCGUAUACAGCAUGGACGCUCGUGGUGGGCAGCUGCAGCGGUGGUCGGACCAGGAGGUGCUGGACGGCCGCGCGCACUUCUGGGCCGACCGGAGGCCCGCCGAGCUGCUCAUCCGGCGCGCGCUCGCCUCCGACGCCGCCGUCUACCGCUGCCGUGUCGACUUCCGCGUCGCCCAGACCCGCAACUCCAGGGUCAACCUCACCGUCAUCGUGCCUCCGACGCGACUGUUGAUCGAGGACGACGCCGGCCACAGGUUCACCUCCGUAGCCGGGCCCUUCUCAGAGGGCGACACGCUGCACCUGCGAUGCAUCGCCUUCGGUGGGUCGCCACCGCCCACGGUGCAGUGGUUCCGCGAGGACGAGCCUCUGGGAACGCUGGGGGUGGUGCUGCCGGACGGGUCAGCCGUGCGUGCUGACGUCACUCUGGAGGGCCUCCAGCGGGCGGACCUGAACACGAGGCUCACCUGCCAAGCAGCCAACACGGAGCUCACCGCGCCCAUCGAGGACUCCGUGCUCGUCGACAUGAACCUGCGGCCCCUGGACGUGCGUCUGUUGGGGGUGAGCCAGCCACUGUCUGCCGGCCGCCGUUACGACCUGUUGUGCCAGUCCUCCGGGUCUCGGCCACCGGCGCGCAUCACGUGGUGGCUCAACGGACAACGCCAGCAACACAGUAAGCUCACGACGUCGGUGGACGGAAACACAACGACGUCAACUCUUUCUUUCGUGCCAAGCAAGGAGGACGACGGCCGCUUCCUCGCUUGCCAGGCUGAGAAUCCCAACGUCUACACUGACGUGCCAGAAGAUGGCGCCAAGCUCACCAUUCACUACGCGCCUGAGGUGACGGUCAGCCUCGGCCCGUCGCUGGACCCAACGGACAUCCGAGAGGGCUCCGAUGUGUAUUUCGACUGCCGCAUCAAGGCGCAGCCGCAGGCGUUCAGGGUGCAGUGGCUGCACAACGUAAGUGCCCUAAACGUAAAUGACAAAUCGGGGGUGGUGCUGAGCAACCUGAGCCUGGUGCUGCAGGCGGUGGGCCGCGCCGCUAGGGGCAACUACACCUGCGUCGCCUUCAACGCUGAGGGCUCCGGCCAGAGCCGGCCCUUCCCUCUCGACGUGCUAUAUUAUGACAUCUGUGAAUUACUAUUUUUCAUACUUUCCAUAAUAGCAAGAUGCGAUGGAAUAUUGCCAUUAAAACAUUUAAAUCGAGUAUUAGCCAAAAAUACGUGGAAUUUGGAAAAGAGGCGCGCUGACAUCCGCUGCGAGGUGGACGCCAACCCGCCGGCCGGCGCCUUCCGCUGGGCCUUCAACAGCUCCGGCGGCGGCGACGAGCUGGCGGGCUCUGCCAGCAUCUCCUACACGCCGCACACCGACCUCGACUACGGCCACCUGCUCUGCUGGGCCGCCAACAGGGUGGGCCGGCAGGCGGCCGCCUGCGUCUUCCACAUCGUGCCCGCAGGUCGCCCGGACAAGGUGCAGAACUGCACGGUGGGAAACGUGACGGCGCACGCGCUGUCGCUCCGGUGCGCAGAGGGCUUCAGCGGCGGCUUGCCGCAGUCCUUCCUGCUGGAGGUCCGCGAGGACGACUCCGGCGAACUGCGCGCCAACCUGAGCGCCGGCGCACCCACCUUCCACGUGCAGCAGCUGCGCGCCGGCGAGCUGCACCACCUCGCCGUCUUCGCGUACAACUCCAAGGGCCGCAGCGAGCCCGUCUUCCUCGCCGUCACCACCAUGGCGGCGCUCGAGCGCCAGCUCAAGGCCGGCCACCACGGUAAGGCCGCGCCCUGGGCGCUCUGUCAUUAA